AUGCUCCUGCUCAAGUCUUCUCUGCCUCUAUUUCUCUGGGGCUCCCUCGUCGCUGCAAACCCUUCAUAUAGGUGGGUGAACGGUCUCACGCCUGGCGAGAAGAUCGAAGGCUAUAAGGUACAGCAAGGCGACUUCGUAUGGGGCUACAGAUUCGGUUCGGCGAAAGAGUGCAAGGCGUACAAGGAUAACGACAACCUGCUGACGACCAAGAGCUGGUGGACCAGAUUUUACCAGGCGAUCUACGUAGAUGUGAAAGCGAUGCUUGGAUCCAACGGUGUCUACCUCGCUGCGCACUACUCGAUGUGGCAACCGCCCAAGAAUGAACUCUAUGAUCAUAUGAUUCUGGUCAUAGCGCGAGAAGCCUACAAUAAACAUGGCGGCGAGCUGGUGUUGUUCGGCAACGACGACCUCCUCGACGAAUGGGUCAAGGACCAGGGCGCGGAUGCCACAACGGCUCCGCGGUUUUCGUACGCCGAGGGGUGGUGGUAUCCCGACAGGGACGAGACACUGCGACGCAUGCAGGUCUACGUGCCCAAGGACGAGGUCAAGAAGGGGAAGUUCGUGGCGCUUUGCAGACCCAGGGGAGAUGCGGAAGCCCUCCAGAAGGGCCCCGCUCCGUGGAUCACUGAAGACUGGAAAUUGACCAUGAAGGGCCGCCUCGAGGGUCGGAAGGACGCCUUGUACCAUUGGUCCGAUAAGUACAUCAACAGCGAUGGGUACAGCCGCAGCAGCGACGGGUACAGCAACAGCAGCGACGACGGGGAGUGGGAGUGCGACUUCUGCUACGAGACUUUCUCCUCGGAGGAGGAGCAAGAGCAGCACGAAAUAGACGUUCACUACCACUGCGCGGAUUGCGAUCGCACUUUCAGUAACUACAAUGCCAUAAAGAUGCAUCUCAACUCCCGCACGCACCGCGGCACCGACCUCGCCUGUCCCUUCUGCAAGGGCGGCUUCGCGACGGCGACGGGUCUCUCGCAACACCUGGAGCAGCGCGGGUGCCCGCGCGCGCCGUCCCUCGACCGCGACGGCGUCUACAAGAUUGUGUGCGCCAAAGACCCCGGCGGUGUCAUCUCCAAGAACCUGAUCGGCUGGUACGGCGAGUCGCCUAAAUACGAGGCCACGGCGCAGGCGUGGAACGGCUACGCGUAUGAGUGCUACAUCUGCUCGCGCACCUUCGCGGCGCUGCCGUCGCUGAACCAGCAUCUGGCGUCGCCUGUCCAUAAGUCUUACGUCUCAUCUGAUUCCCCCCUCUCUUUCUUUCCCUCCUCCUACUCAUCCACCCCCGAAGCCAACAGGGGGCAAAGAAACCAGCAGAAUAUGUACCACUGCCCCAAACGUGGCGGCUGUGGCCGCGAGUUCACGGCGCUCAUGAACCACCUCGAGAGCGAGAAUUGCGGGUACACGCGCUUCGAGAACGUGCAGCAGAGCGUCAAGAACGUCGUCAGCGGAGAUCGACGGAUCACGUUCCACUGA